AUGGACCGACUCUCGCGAAUGCUGGCCGCCGCCCAAGGCAUGGGAGGCGGUGCUGGUAUGCAGCAAGACGGCAACGUCGUCGACAACUCUGAAACCGUCUACAUCUCAUCUCUCGCCCUCCUCAAGAUGUUGCGUCACGGAAGAGCUGGUGUGCCUAUGGAAGUCAUGGGUCUGAUGUUGGGUGAAUUCGUCGAUGACUACACCGUCCGCGUCGUUGAUGUCUUUGCCAUGCCUCAAAGCGGUACUGGUGUCUCGGUCGAAGCUGUCGACCCUGUCUUUCAAACAAAGAUGAUGGAUAUGCUGCGUCAGACUGGUCGUCCCGAAACUGUCGUCGGCUGGUACCACUCACAUCCUGGUUUCGGCUGUUGGUUGUCUAGCGUCGAUAUCAACACUCAACAAUCCUUCGAACAACUCACUCCCCGCGCCGUCGCCGUUGUCAUCGAUCCCAUCCAAUCCGUCAAGGGCAAGGUCGUCAUCGAUGCCUUCCGCCUGAUCAACCCUCAAACGCUUAUGCUAGGUCAAGAGCCUCGCCAAACCACUUCGAACGUUGGUCACCUCAACAAGCCUUCCAUCCAAGCCUUGAUUCACGGCCUCAAUCGCCACUACUACAGUAUUGCUGUCGGUUACCUCAAGGUCGGUGGAGAAGAAGCUAUGCUAAUGAACCUACACAAGAGCGUCUGGACAGAAGCCCUGACCAUGCCUGACUUCAAGGCCGAGGGAGACCGCACAUUGGAGAAGCUCAACAAACUCGUCAGCUUGGCAGAGGGUUACGAGAAGCGUGUCAAGGAAGAGACGGAGCUGACUAAGGAUCAACUACGCACAAGAUACGUCGGCAAGGUUGACCCCAAGAAGCACAUUGAAACUCUCGGCCAAGAUCUCCUCGAAGACAACAUCGUCUCAGUGUCGCGUCAAAUGAUUGACAAGGAGGCCUCGGUACCAUCAGCCUGCCGCAUAGAGGCUGUUGAUGAUGACGUCGAUGGUAUGGCUGUCGAUCAAACCGCAUAG